AUGGAAGUGAAUGGUGAACCAGAUAUAACGGGUAUUUUCAGCGCGGCUUUAAUGCCAUUGAAAGAUAUGAAAGAUGCAGAUAUUUUGGACCAGUAUGAAAUGAACAUGGCUGAGGGAAAUAUAACACCUGACGUUCUAGAACAUUUAUCUCAAAGAACUACACAGAACCAUAGAGAUGGUAUAUUUGGUGAAGAGUUUAGAAAGAGAGUUAGGGAGAGAGAAGGAAGAGAACCUAUUGUACAUGACCUUGCAAACGAAAGUUUGCAAAAUGUCAUAAAAACUUACUUUGCAGACAAUGAACUGAGAAGGGAUGAAUAUUUAAGAAAACUCAAAUGGACAGUACCAAAUGAAAUGUUAGUAUUGAAAAACAUGUUCCAUGACAAAAUAAAACCAACUACAGAAAUAAAUGACGCAAGACUGAAACGUUGGGUAAAAGCUUUCCCAUUCACAAAAGAUAUUAUUGGUUACAUGGAAAGAAAACCAGAAUGGCUACAAAAACAUAUAUUUGGAAACGAGCUUAUUCCAUAUGGACAAGCUAUAUUUGAAGAGCUUGAACCGGAAACUCAGGAAAGAGUCAUGCAAACAAUACGCGAAGACUCAAAUACAAACUAUGACAAAAUCUUUCUAGGAUAUAGGUUACCUGAGAUGGGCGACCAGAGCCCAAAGGCAAAAAGGACAUGGGAAAUUUACAACAUACUAGGUGAACAUAAGGCAAAGAUGCAACAACUUGAAGCAGAGGGCAAGUUACCAAAAGCGACACCAAAGAAGAAGAGAAGAGUAGAACAAAGUGAAAGUAGUGAAGAAGUAACUUCAUCUAGUGAAAGUAGUGGCAAUGAAGGAAAAAGAAGAGUUAAAAACUCAGUUAAAAACUCAGUCAGGAAGAAAGUAAAGCUUGGUCCGAGCGGGUUCUAUUAUGACAUAUAA